GACAACGGGAAUACGAGCCGCCAGUUGGUUUGUAAACCGAAGUUAUGUCCUCGGAGUCAUUUCCAUUCAAUUCAUUGAUUUUGUAGAUUUAGAAAGAUGUACUUACAUUUACCAAUACUGUAAUUAUUCAGGAGGACGAGCAUUCAUCAGAGGCAGGAUGUAACGACCAUGCGGAAGACGCGUCAAGACUGAGAAAAAAAGGAAAAGGUCAAGACUCGUGUAGUACACAUUGGAUUUGGAGGAAGACUUUCUAGGUGUACUUUUCAUCAUCUCUAAUUACAGGAGCAAGACGAGUACUGCGGAACAGCUUCGAGCGUGAUGACAUGGAAGAAGAAGAGCUCGAAGGGAAAAAGUCCGGUAUUAUUACCGCCAAGUGCAGCAUCGAUCCACCCAAUACCGACACCUCCGAGACGGCGGAGACAUCCAGUAGCAAUACUGACACGUCGGAUAAACCAGUAAUUAUGGCACAGGGUCAGGUUAUUUCAACAUAUCUUCUAUGUCAGCACAAGGCACCCUUCCUCACCCUCAUCAUAAGGUCGUGGGUAAGGCAAGGUCUAACUUCACGUGUGUGUCCUUGUCCUUCUAGGGGCUGUUCUGAGAAAAGGAAAACGAGGGACCCGCCAAGUAGAGAAGAGGAAAUGAAAAGGAAGAGCUUCCGACUAUUUAUUGUUGACCUCUUCAGCUCUUCCAUCUAAACUAAGAGCGCGGUGGAAAUUCUCGUACGUUCACGUGGAAUCGCCAGAGCGGGAAAGCCUUCAGAUAGCGCACUGCGUUCUCGAGCGAGAUUGGACGAAAUGGCACUUCGAAGAGCAGUCUCUUGAAGGUUAUGGUUAACAUUGAUUUAGUGCCGAGCAACACCUCUCUACUCAGCAUCUUGGUACCCUCUUCCAAUGGAAUCCAAGACCUAGUGUCCUCCAUCUUUCUCAGCAUCUCUCCGGUAUCUUUUUUUUUAUCCAUAGAGGAAUAUACGGGGAAAGGUAAGAUGAACAAGAUGGAGGAACCGCGAUGGAUUUAUGGAUGAAGAACAUGGAGGAACCAAUACCAAGCACACUCUAAGUUGAUUUAUGUCCCCGGAUGCAGUUUGUCUUUCGUGUUUCGGGUUUGAUAAGGGACCUCCACUCCACAACUUGUUUGGCGCGCAGUUUGGUUCGAAGGACCAGAAUAAUAUUAUUGUGAAGGCUAUUAAAGUUGUUAAUAAAUUGUAAAACUGUCAUUGUUUUGGUUUUCUGGUGCUUAGAUGAAGAUGCAAAGUAGAACAAGAACGGCAGCUACGUGAUUUGUUAUAAUAUGGUUAUGGUACUGGACGUUGACGUAUAUCAUCUGCCAUAGAUGAAAAACGAAAUAAGUAGAGCUACUACAACACUCAAAUAGAUGAUGUAGAUUUUUCAUAAUAUUCUGGUGAUGGCAGCAACGUCGUCUACGUCGCGGCGGACAAGUCGCUCAUCUUUGGUUUCGCGGAUUUCCCUCCUAGGAGCGAUAAUGUUAAUGCUGAGGCUCCGCCACAAGCACAACCGCCUGUGGUUGUGAGUGCCCAGCCUUCAAUUAAGGCUACUGGAUCUUCCUACAUGAUCUUCUAUCAACAAUAUUCUGUGUAUUUUUGAGGUAUCCGAUUGAAAAAAAAUCUCCUGAUUUAGAGGCCAGGGCAUUUAAAAGUAAAAGAGUGGGAAGGAGCGAGAUUCCUUGUAGGAGCGACCCAGGGUAAUGAUUGAACCUCUACGACGCCCUUGUGGCAGUCUGCACCGAACUAAGUACCUUGUGCGAUAUUUGUUGCGUAGUCGUAUUGUUUUAGAUUUAUAUUUGUAAAUAUAUUAGCCUCGAUCGAGCCUCUAUUCCCCACGGAUUAUUGCAUUGCAUGAGCAUGCCUUUCCGCAUCUGCGUACACCAUCUAAAGCGAAACCGCCGCCGCGCUUGCUGUACGUAGUCGAAGACAGCAACGGUCCUAGUGACGGAGCCGGCACGUUAUGUAUCAAGCAUCAGGAAGCAUGGCUCUUCUGACUCUUUCUUAAAGUAUGUAAGUGUACCUACAUACUCCACACUCAUAAGAUAAAUAAUCACGAAGGUAAUCUACCUCUAGGCGUUGUGUAGUUGUACGCUCUUUUGCACUUCUGUUCUCUCCGCUUCAAAGCUAAUUUACACGAUGACGAUCACGACACAGACACUUAUAUCUACAUACUGCACGCCAGGCAACUUUUGGUGCCUCUAGGUGUAGUCUUUCGUCACAUUUCAAGCGCUGUCCUCUCCGCUUCAAAGUAUGCUCAUAUUUUUUUCUCUAUGUACCUACUGACUCUGUGAGCUGCGCGCGGCCGCGGUUGUUCCUCUCGUACUAAGCCAUAUCAAGAAGGUCAAGACCUACUCGGGAGUAUACUAACUCUACCUAACUACUACAAACAUGCUCAUAGGGACGUCGACGCUCGAGCAAGAGCAUAGAUUUUCUCCUACUAUCAAUCAGUCAAUCAAUCAAGUCGGGAUUGACUACAUUGUUGUUGUCCAGUACAUCUAAGAAAGAAGUGGGGCGAGAGCAAAGGUGUCCUGAAAAAAUUUCCGAAGUCGGGAGAGACGGGGACACGCGCAGCAGAACUUCUAGCAGCAGCAGAGGAGGAGGACGUUGUUUAUUGGCACUUACUUCGUGGCAGGGGUUUUCCGAUUCCGCACUUAAAAACUCCAGGCGCUACAGAAUCUGCUGAACGCAAGCUGUUAUGAAGAUGAGCCGUGUCUUCCCUCGAACUCGGACUCGCUAAAAAAAAAUUGUUAUAUACAUGAAAAGCACUAUAAUUGCAUUAUGGCUAGAAUUUUUGUUAUUCAACUACAGUGCUAGUACAGAGUAGUUUUCAUGUACUUACAUGAUGUUGCGGCCCUGGCCUCGUCGUGUCCUCUACGGUAAUUAUCGAGAAAUAAUUACUUAUAACUACAGGGCCAUGUCAUGUUUGUGUCGCUGUCAUGAAUCAAGUACAUCUAAGAUGAAAGAACGUCACUACAUAGAAGUAGUUGUGGACGGCCGUGGCAAUUUCUCAUCAGUUGUAACAUAAUUGUAGUGAACCUAGGUCUAGGAACAGAGUAAAACUGUAAUAAAUAUAAUGAAAAACUUCAAGUACAACUAGUUGUAGUUCUAACUGUUCCCGCCGUCACCUUUGGAGAAGCCUUGUCGCAGGACGACUCGUUUCGUUACUUGCUCUCGGAUCAAACUCUGGCAAACGCUGUGCAGGAAAGCGACGAUGAUGAUAUGGAUGACGUGUUGCGCAUCUAGUAUCAGAUCAUGGAGGCUUCUCCUCUUCCCCUUGAAAGUGCAUAGGUUAAAGGAGAGUCUCGAUGGUCUGCCUACUUAGAUGGAAAAAGCAGCGUCCAUAUUAAAUGAGAACGGAAUGGAGGUGGCGAGUGUGCGUAUCGCAUACCUAAUCGAUACUGCAGAAAUUAAGGAGCAAGAACAUGAUGACUCUCUUCAGGAAGUACUCUAUGUAUAUACCAUAGAAAACCCUCGAACACUCCUCCACCUUAAUGCGAACACUCAAGGACCCCUCAGACGGUUUUAAUGUGAACACUAGCGGACCUCUGAGGCGAACACUAGAGGACCUCUGAGGCGCUCUGAAUGUGAACACUACGGGCGACUAGGGGACCCCCAGGCCGACUCUAAUGUGAACACUAGAGGACGUUUAAGGCCCCUCUAAUGUGAACACUAGAGAACCUGCAAAACGCCGCUAGUUGGGAAAAAGGCACAACAAGAACACCGAACAACACACCACGAACAAGACACGACGAACAACACACCACGAACAAGGCACUCCGAGCAAGACACCACGAACAAGACAUCACGGACAAGAAACCACGAACAAGACACCACGAACAAAACACCACCGCCAGGGGCUGGGGCAGUACUGCCACGCUCUCGCUUUCUUUUAGCCAACGGCUUUCGGCCCUCCCCUGCGUGCCGGGGAGUGCGCGUCCUUUGGGCGCUUGUUUCAGCUUGUGAAACCAUUGGGGAGAGCCGCCGCCGCCAUAGCUUUUUUUUUUCCCUUCUUAAACGGCUCCCGGGGUACCCCGUCUCGGGGAGUUGUCGGAAAUGCAAUAGGAGUGCGGUCGGACAAAAUCCAUAUUGCAUGGCGAUCAUGCUUAUUCUACACAUAUGAGAGCGAUGAAGUCAUGAGGGAGAAGGGACCUGAAGAUGAAGGGAGGGGACAUCUAAAACGACUCUGUCUUAAAUAAGAAAAAUGGAGAAAUUGUUAUUGCCAACAACAAGAUGAAUUAAUAAUAAUAUGAUUAAUACGUCGUAGGCCCAAUCCGAGCUGACUAACAUCAUCGUCGUCAAUACUUCCUAGUAUGUGCUACAUAUUACAUAGUUACAAAUCCUACCUGUUCCACUUCUACGGGUCUUCUAAAGAAAUUGAUGAAGUAGAAUGGCAGCGGGCUUGGAAGGGAGAAGAGGGAGAAGGGACAGCGGCAAGCAGUCAGUCGUCCACUUUGCCUCAACGGGUGGCGAUGUGGCUUUCGAACAAAGGCGGCAAGAACCUCGGUGCGACGACGGAACAUGAACACAGAGAAUUAAGGCUCAGCAUUUGACUCAUUUGCAUCUGCACAUCGAGCAGGAGAGCAGGCGCCGUUUAGCUCGAUGUGAAGGAUCCAUAGAGAGCCUAACCUUCACAACUUAUAAUUCUUUGAGUUUCAUCCAGCGUCUUGGAUUCUGAGGCUAUUGCCUUACAACUACUUGAGUAUAGAUAUGACGGAUCAGAAUCGUCACUGUGAGCGCUAACAGAAUCACAGGACGGCGCUCCAAGUCGUGCAGAAGCAGAAUCACUCAAAAAUCUCGAUGUAACAACACCAGAAGGUGUAGAAAAGAGGCUCAAAAGGAUGAAGAAGAUGCUCUGCACCCCCUCGACAGACACGAGCAUCGUAAUCGCGCAGCCGCUUAUCCAGCCAAAGUGGAUUUCGCCUAGUCCUAGUUAAGAUCGCUAUGCAUUCGAUCAUUUUUAUGUAGUCGAUCGUUAUAUCGAUAUCCGGUGUUGUAGGGUGUAGACAAUGUAUGAGUAUGCCGUAAGGUCGAAUGUUGUAUCGUGAUUAUCACUAUGCAUUGAGGUGUAGUAAACAAUGUUGGUGAAUAGAAGUGGGCGAUUUAUUCUCUGUUUUGGAAGUUCUCAGCCUAAGGAGCUAAUAAAGGGAAACUUAGAUGAAAAGGUAAAUGAUCACUCUCACACCCCUUCUCUAAUCAGGAGGAGAGAUCACUAAGUAACAGUGCGUGUUGUGAUUGUAGUAGGAGGUCUGUGAAAGAGCGAGAAGUUAAUUAUUAUAAUGACCGAGGACUUCCACUACUAAUACAAUUUUAGAUUAUUUAGCUUUAAUCUAGCGGUAGCGGGUUUUCGGUUGUGACACCCAAAUGGGAGAUGUGGUCCGAUAUUUUGCCACUGCGCACGAACUUGCUCUGCGGGACCGCGACUCCUUCUCUGCAUGACUCGAACGCGCUUGAUGAUGUUAAGGCUUUGUUCCCUAAUCUGCCAUCCACUUCGUUCCAGAGCAUGAAUAUGAUUGGUUCUGGAGCUCUACUCUCCCAUAACUACAAGUGGAACAACCAGCCUCCUCCAAAAGCACCAGAGUACUUUCAGGAGGAUGGAUUCGGUUCGCGAGGAGCUCAUCUACUACUUCUAAGACCUUCGCCACUUCUUUGCACAGCAUGGCGCCUCUUUUACACGGUUUCGCUGCGCGCGUGUCUGCAACGUUUUUCAACAGGGAGUAUGCUUAUGAGUAGUUUUUAGUAUCAUGGUGCAAAAACAUGAGUAGAACUGGGCUAAUACACGUUGUGGUCUUGGUUGUCUUUAUAUUUAUACUUGUAUGUCAAUGUCUUAGUCUUUGUUUAUAAUAAAUAUCUAUGUCUUAGUUUUUUCAUAACGUACUGCAGAAAUAUAAGGACUCGGAGUCCUCGAGUAGGCGCCGGCGAAGCUAGAUGUGCAGGAUCCAUAGCCUAACAACCUAACCUGCAUAAAUACGGACUGCAAUUUUUUCAGUUUCAUACAACAUCUUUGCUCGCUAAUAAAAUUAGAAUUGUUAUUUGGACAACUUGAACUAAGUCAAUCUAAUCUUCAUGAUAUCAAUGAAUGUCUCUGCAUAGAUAACGGAGUUGUUCAUGAUCUAACUUUUCUUUGCCGCGCCGUGGAAGAAGCAGGCGGCGACUGUCGUUCGCCACCUAAUAAAGAAGUCGUUCUCGCAAGAAGAGCAGGCACGUUUCGAGGCUCCUCAGAAAGAGCUUGAGGAAAGACUCAGAGAAAUUGACGAGUUCACUUCGGAUUCUUAUGGUCAGCUUUUAUCCCUCUUUCAUCUCGAGCUCGACACCUCACCGGUAAUAUAACUUGUCUGGUUUAUUUAUUGUGUUUUUUUCCUAAACUUUAUUCUUUAUCUUUCCAUAGAAGAGCACAAGGGAAAAGUAAAAGGUGCCAAGAAGAUGGGAAGAAUGACAUGAACAUGAAUCCAAUUACAUCAAACACCACAUCAAGAUCAAGUGUAGCGCUAACGCUUGACUUUGUCGGAAGCAGGGGAAGCCGGGCAGAAACCCGAGGAGAAGCUGAAAAGCGAGGCUGAAAAGCGAGAUGAAGAUGAUGCAAUCAGACAGCUGAACGCAGGCUUUGCAGACAAAAAGGUUCGUGUCCAGCUGGGGCUGAUCAAAUUAAGGCUUCCGAUGAUGUAGCGGCCCCCACUCAACCACAUAUAUACCAGGAAGGGAGGCCCUCCGUAAGGGUCAGCGAACGCCCCCCGCGGUCCUACAUAAGACGUCACGCCUUCCCCCCUCUGGUAUACUACUGAGAGCUUGCCCCAUCUUGGUUCGAGCGUCACGCGAAAAGCGUGACGCGUCACGCGAAAAGCGUGGCGCUUUUGUUGCGUGUACCCUACAGACUUACUAGAGACAAGGCGUCACGCUCUUCGCGUGACGCUCAAGAAAGGGCCUGCAGAUGAAGGCCCCGCCUUCAGAUCAUGAGCACCUUCGGACCCUCAGCUGAAGUCUUUCCGAUCAUGAGAGAGGACCCUCAAGGGAGAACCCUCACUCUGAGAGCAGAGGGCCCGCCGAUGAAGUCCUUCCGAUCAUGAGGACCUUCAAGGGAGAGCCCUCAAUCUGAAUAGAGGGCACUCAGCUGAAGUCCUUCCGAUCGUGAGGACCUUCAAGGGAGAGCCCUCAAUCUGAAUAGAGGGCACUCAGCUGAAGUCCUUCCGAUCAUGAGGACCUUCAUUCAAGGGAGAGCCCUCAAUCUGAAUAGAGAGCACCCAUCCCAGCUGCAGUCUUUCCGAUCAUGAGGACCCUCAAGGGAGAACCCUCACUCUGAAAGGGUCCUCAAAUGAAGCACUUCCGAUCAUGAGAGAGGACCUCAAGGGAGAACCAACCCUCACUCUGAAUAGAAGACACUCAGAUGACCCCCAAGGGAGAGCCCACCCUCAAUCGAAUCUGAGAGGGCCCCCCGAUGAAGCUCUUCCGAUCAUGAGCGAGGACCUUCAACGGAGAACCCUCACUCUGAGAGGGCCCUCAGAUGAAGCUCUUCCGAGCAUGAGAGAGGACCUUCAAGAGAGCGCCCUCGCUCCCUCUGAGAGGGCUCGCCGAUGAAGCUCUUCCGAUCGUGAGGACCUUCAAGGGAGAGCCCUCAGCUGAAGUCUUUCCGAUCAUGAGGACCCUCAAGGGAGAGCCCUCACCCUGAGAGGGCUCGCAGAUGAAGUCCUUCCGAUCAUGAGGACCUUCAAGGGAGAGCCCUCAGUCUGAAACUGAAUAGAGGACACGCAGCUGAAGCCUUUCCGAUCAUGAAGACCCUCAAGGGAGAGCCCUCGCUCUGCUCUGAGAGGGCUCGCAGAUGAGGCCCUUCCGAUCGUGAGGACCUUCAAAGGAGAGCCCUAAAUCUGAAUAGAGGACACUCAGCCGAAGUCUUUCCGAUCAUGAGGACCCUCAAGGGAGAACCUCGGCCAGCGUCACGCUUACACACUGGCAAAGGGGCGCCUGGUCUGCAUUGGAUUCCCAUGCGUCACACUAAAGCACGCACGUGGGAAAGACAUCCGACCCCGAUGAGAUCCCCACGCGUCACGCUAGAGCGCACAUCGUCAAAAAGCACCCAAUCCCCCCGAGAUUCCUAUGCGUCACGCUAGAGCACGCAUGGCGAAGAAACACCCAAUCCCCCCGCGGUUCAUAUGCGUCACGCUAGAGGCGUGACGCGUGACGAUCCGCGGGGGGCGUUCGCUGACUCUUACCCGCCUCCCCCCUGUGGAUGGAGCGGCGGCGGCGUCCGCGCGCCCUGUUUUCCGCGGUGGUGACAUGGAAGGACUCCCGGGGGCGAUGGCCUCAAAAGGAGGGGCCGGAUUCCCCUGGCGGCUCUCCGCGUGUACCUCACAGGCGUCCCGGCUCUUGGACCCUAUCAGGGGGACGGCCUCCGGGGGGAGAAGGCGGCCACGGUCGCGAGGCCUGGCCCCUUUGGCCCUCAUAGCGCGCGGGAGGCCUUUGGGGUGCAUGUAACACGGCAAGGGGGUCAAGCCUUGCCCCCUGCUGCCCUCGGAGGCCUUCCACCUCCCAAGAAGCUCCCCCAGUAAGGAGCUUGCACACGGGAGGGCUGUAGGGUACAAGCAACACGGCAAGAGGGUCAAGCCUUGCCGCCUUCGGAAGCUUUCUACCCCCGGCCGUCAGUGCUUGCACGGCCUCAGGGGUUAGGGUCCUGUAGGGUACAUGCAAGAAGCCGCGAGGGCGCGAAGUUGCGCGCUUGGAGGCCUUGCCACCCGGCACUCCCUCGCGAAAAAGGAACCGGGGCUGGCGGCCCCCUCCCCAAAAAUUUAGAUCGCUCGGGGGGCCUUCAGCGUUGAGCCUUGGAACAUGUAUGAAUAUUAUCAAAGUGAAUUCUUGCGGCUGUGUGGUGUCACUGACAACUACUCUAGGAGAAGACAAAUAAUAGGUGACAUAAUAAAAGGACCGCGCUUGGCUGUCCAGGUCUGCCCUAGCCCUACUCGAGGUCUCCGCGUCUUGUAGCAUUUGCACAAAUUUCAAUUUGGUUUUUUUUUGCAAAAAGUAAGUAAAACUAGAAGGCUCUUUGAGUCCAGGGAUUCAGCUGUUAAGGAUCAUGCCAGAGCUUUGCUAGUAGCGCUAAUUAUGGUACCAGAAGGCCCGUACGAUGUCAAUGCCAUUGGUCCUGCGUGCAAUUUUUUUGACGGUUUUUUGCAGCAGAACUCUUCGCCGAGAGUCAUUGCCGGCGAGAAGGAGUCGUUCCUCUGUGAUACUAACAUCUUAUGAGCAGUAGUUACCACCUGGUGACGGUCACUGUCUGAUGGUUUUACUUGUUGAUUCAUUAUUUAUUAAUAAAUAUAGUCAGUCACUUUGAUCAAAGGGACGAUCAUCAACUUUAAUUUACUCAAAUCAAUCUUGUUCUCGUUGACGUUGACGUGGUUGAGCCAUUAAAUACAAGAAACACAAAUUAUAACACGUCGACUACUCAAAUUUGUUCUAAUCAGAAGUGACGCCGAGAUUAGUGACGGGAUGCCGAUUUAUUGGAGAUACAAGUCAGUGACGCAGUUUCACCAAGCAUUUUGCGCCCUGGCAGAAUCGACCUCGCGCCACCUCUAUGCUAUCUUUGAGCUCUCUUUCCUGGGAAAGAUAGCUCCUGAUCUGGCGAAAAUCACAGCAAGGGGCUCUCCAUCGUGAGCAGAAGGUGACUUGAUGUCCAUCGUAGAUAACACCGUGGGCACAUGCCGUCAUGACUACAUCACAAGAAGGUCGCGAAGAAGUAGAAGAACAGGUAAUAUUAACGGACAAAUAGGAAAUCUCUUAAUUACCUUCUAUAUUUUUUAUUGAUGAUCGGGAGCGCACGUGAAAGUUGCUCUUCCCGGGAAGCACAGUCGUUGUCCUAUCGAAUACAUUCUUGGGUCCUUGGCUCAUUUCUCUCAUUCAACAUGAUCAAUGUUUUCCCCACAACUGCAGUGGACUUGUUGUCCCUACGCGAUAAAAAGCACGUAGCUAGCUGAUCUUUCCGAAAAUCCUACUACCACACAUGAACAAGGGCAACGAGAUGAGAAACCUUUUAGAAUGUUCCUCCCCAAAGCCAAACCUUUUUCGGUUAGGUUGCAGGAGUAGAAGAAGCGCCCGGAAGUGCUCGUUUGAGACGAAAACAAGCCCGACCAAAUAGUUUGCGUUCAUCAUCAAUUUUCAGUUUAAGGUAUUUGGAAGUAAUUAAUUCGUAACCAUGGCAGUGGAAGCAGAACUUCAUUCAGCCAAAAAUAACUGCUGCUUACAAACUAGAUCAUUAUAACUUAUUUCCACUCCGGUAAUAAUUUUUUCUGUCUGAGCUAUGAUGUCUGUAGGAUUCAGCAAAGCAUUUAUAUUCCCGCCAUGAUGAGAUAAAGUUAGAGAGCAAAAUUCAUGCUAUGAGUGAUGCCAAAGCACACCCAAAGACCUCUGCUGAGACAAGGAAAAUCUGAAACGUGC